CACGCACCGACACGCACCGACACGGCUGACUUCAACCCAAACUAACGGCGGAUAUUCAACGGCUUCACGCGCGGACGGCGCCGCCUGAAGGUCCAAGUCCCUCCGGAAGUGGUUUGGAGCUGAAAGUUGUCGGUGUUUCGGUUGAACUUGUCCGGGUCGUUGUUGUCGUUGGAGCAGGAGGAGGAGGUGAAAAUGUCCUGACCCAGCGACUCACAGGAGGAGAAACGAGCUUUAAGGAGGUGGAAGCUUAAACAAUGGCAGAGGCUCGGACUGAGGAGGAGGAGGACGCGCUGAGGAGGAGAGACGGAGGCCGCCGGCCGCAGAGCAGCUCCGCAGGUCGCCCUGACAGACGCAAGCCGGAGCAUCGCCACAGCCAGGGCCCCCUGUCGUCCAUCAGAGCCGUCAUCAAGAGAACCACAAGGCCGGUUUCUGUAGCGGAGACACCCAGAGACCAAGAGAGGGACCGGGACAGGGACCGGGACAGAGACCGGGACAGAGACCGGGACAGGGACAGGAGGCGACCACAGAUCAGCAUCCUGUCUGCAGAGCCGUUGCCCUCCACUUCCUGGUUUCCUGGAGCUGCAGCAGGAAUUCCUCCACCACCUCCUCCUCCGGCACAAGUCUGGGGACCCGCCAUCCAUCCGUCCAUUCAGCCUCCUCCGUCUUAUGAGGAGGUGAUUAGAGAGAAGACACAGGAGCAGGUUCUCCUCCCCUCUUCCUCCUCCACCUGUCCUGUAUCCAGGACGACCAUCGCCACGCAGACCGACCCCGGCUCUGUCCCGGACCCUCAGGAGCCUCCAGCGGUUAGACCAGCGAGACCGCCCCGCCCCCCGCUCCCCAACCCUCUAAAGUCUUCUGGCGUUGAUGACGUCACCAGGACUGACAGCCAAUCAGCAGUCCCAUCCUCUGACGCCGAUGGCGUGGCAUCAAACCCCCGCCCUCCAUCUGUGACACACAACUCCACCAGCGCACGAUGCUGCAACCUCACUGACCUGUGUUCACCUUCAACGUCAACGUGCGGCGCUCAAACCGACCAAUCGGAUCACAGUUUACCUGCCGCCGCCGCGUCUGAGCGCCCGAGGCCACGCCCCCGCACCAAGCUCGGCCGCAGGCCAAUCAGCAACGAGGUCAAAGUUCAGACGUUGGUGAAGCUGCGCGAGGACGGUUUGGCCACGCUAGCCGCCCGGGCGAGCAGCGGCAGUACGAACCAAGAGGAGAGUCAGGGGAAGUACCUCCAGGAGCUGCUGGAGGCGUUCAGCUCCGACGACUGGGGCCUCCCCGACCGGCGCAGUGACAGCGACGAGGGCAGCCAAUCAGAGGGCGAGGAGCAGGAGGAGGAGCAGGAGGACAUGGCCGCUCUGAGAGCGAGGAUACAAGCGUUCGAGCAGCACGGCAGCUGCAGAGAAGCUGAUGACCAAGAAACCGGACCUGCCGAGAGGUGUGCUGCUAAAAGACCAGAACCUCAGCCCCGCCUUCGUCUCCAGGGGCAACCGGCCAAAUCUGCCCCCCCUGCCGUUGCCCCAAAACCCAAAAACCUUUCUCCUGGCCCCAAACCUUCCAGCAAGGAGUUCUGGGAAGGUGAAGAUGUUUCAGCAGAACCAGAAAGCACAGCUGAAGGUCCGUCUGCAGAACCGUCUCCGAGUCCAGGACCCCAGCCCUGCAGAACCGCAGCAACAACACCGAAACCACGGCCCAUUACAGAAACCCCCAUCCCAGCCCCGAGACCGGCUCCACCCAAAACCAGCCCCUCCCCAACAAACCCCAGACCCCCACCCAGACCCGCCGUCGCCCCCAGAGCUCGUCCGGGGGCUCCACAGCAGGACCGGAGCUCCGUGGAGGCCGCAGGAGGAGCAGAGUCCAGCGCUGCAGCCCAGACUGCUCCAAACCUGGCUCCCAAACCCACAGCGGUCCCACCACCACGUCCAGAUCCAAACCCGGUCCCUGCCAGACCACCGUCUGUAGCCUCUGCUGCAGCUCCCAAACCUUCGGUACCAGCCAAACCCCCGACCCCGGCUACGAGGAAAGGCCCUGUGACCCAGACCAAAGCUGAACCUGCCAACCCUCCAAACCCAAAGUCCUCAGAUUCUCCUCCUCCUCCACGUCCAACGAGUGCUAAGCUCCUCCCUCCGCCAAGUUCUCGUCCUCCACCAAUCAAAUCCGCCCCCGAGAGACCGCCUCCUCCGGUCGUCGAUUCAGCACCCGCAGCCAAUCAGAGCCCUGCUUCUAAAGCUGCGCCCGCCCCCUCCACCCCUCCUGCCGGACAUCGUCCAUCGUCGCAGACGGCUUCGUCUUCUCCCGUGACAACCAAUCAGAUGCAAAGGGUAGUGAAGAAAGGCCCGCCUCUGCCGCCCCGCCCUCAGCUCGGACACCCCCUCUACAACAACUACACGAAGCAGGACGUCCUGAUCGUCCUGGAUGAUCCAGCUCCUGCACCCUCUGAAGGAACGGAUCAGACCACAGCCCCCCCUCUCAUCACCCCCUCCCAGAGUCUUCUUGACCAGGACCCCCAGCCAGAGCCGGUCCAGGAUCAGGACAGCCAGUCCAAACCUGCUCUAGAAGGAAACCAGCAGUCCAUCCUGUCGGAGCAGAAGGAGCAGAAGGAGCAGCCAGAUCCGCCUCCCGUCAGCGGCCCACGAUGCAUCGCUCUGUUCGACUACGACGGUGAGAAGGACGACGAGCUCACCUUCUCCCAGGGCGACCUCAUCGCCCUCCUGGAGCUCGUCGACGAGGCGUGGGGGCGGGGCCAGAUACACAAGCGGGUUGGAAUAUUUCCUCUGAGCUUCACAGAGGUGGUGGAGCCCCUCCCAGCGCCGACGACAUCAUCGGAGGCGACAGACGACGCUGCGAUGGAAAGUUCUGCGGCACUAAAACCUUCAGAGGAGUGGGUCGUAGCGCUGUUCGACUUCCCCGGUCAGACCUCGGAGGACCUCUCCUUCCACAGGGGGGCGCUGAUUGAAGUGACGGAGCACGUCGACGCAGAGUGGAGGAGAGGAAGGCUGGAGGGGCGAGAGGGUCUUUACCCCGCCGCCUUCACACAACCCCGCCACACUCAGCCGAUCACAGAUGGUCUUUCAGCAGCUAAAGACUCGGCCCGAGCUCUGUUUGACUUCACAGCCGAAGGCCAGGAUGAGCUCACGCUGAAGGUCGGUGACGUCAUCACACAGGUGGAGUCUGUCGACGAGCAGUGGAUUCUGGGAGUUGUGGGCGGAAGACGUGGGAUUGUCCCUAAGAACUACAUUUCAUUCCUCUGACCAGGAACCUCCUCCGUCAGCGGAUUUAAACAGAUCGGUGGUUUUAUACGGAUUAACGAGGACGCCAUGUUUGUUUUUAAGUGAACGUUUUUAUUCCCAGGUGGACGUUAAAGAACUUAAUUCAGCCUGGUAGGUUUUUAUUAAUAGAUUUGUUACUGACUGGAGAAGCAGGAAGCCCGAGGUGUGGUGGACGUUUUAAACGGACACUUGAUGGACUUCCUGGAAACUUCACUUCCUGUCUGCUCACGUCAUCUGGACUGGACGAGACUUUUGUCGACCCGUCAUUGGACUGAAGCUCCGACAGCACAGCUGUUUCAUCUCAGCACUCCUGAAACUGUUUGAUGGUUUCUGCACGAUGAGUCGGCUGAAGGACGUCCAGGAUGGAGACAUUUCUGCUGUAGGUGGCUUUCAUCCAUUUACAGGAUUUUAUUAAC